AUGCAGAUCAGAGAAGCAGAGAGCAAGAGGGCCAAAAUCCGAGAAAAAGAUGCUUUAAAGCACAGGCCUGACUAUUACUCCGACACAGUGAAACUAACAGAGCAAGAGCUGGCGGCCACUGGGAAGAAACCGCGGUACCGGGUGAGCCCCGCCGCCGCCAGCAGCAGCGCCUCCCUGCUCAGCCUCUCGCCCACACCCUCCCUGGAUGCCUUCCCCUCCCGUGUGUUCUCCUUCAGAUGCCAGGCUAGCCACACUGGCUCAUCCGACCGGUUGGAAGAGGCAACCAAGCGGCCCAGCUUGCACUUUCUCUCCUGCCGAACCCUCUGCCUCCUUCUGAUGCUGGGAUCCGGCCCGCCCUCCUCCCCAGCCAGCCUCGCCACCGAGGACAGCGGCACAGCUGGAAAAACAGAUAGGUCUUUCUCCCCCUCUCAGGCGUGUGCCGUGGGGCCAGGAGUGGCCAUCGGCGCCCGCAGCCGAGAGCUGGCCUGUCAUCCACUCACACCUCCUGCUCUCAGGUGA